UUAUUUGCUGCUCUCUUUGUAUUUGGCAGCACUGUCUGGGGCGACAACAAAGGACGGACGCCUGCUGUAAUUUCACUUGUUUUGAGCCUGCAGAAAGGCUCAGUCAGACACGUCGCGGUCGUCUGCAGUCGGGUUUUCGUGUUGUGCAUUCAGUGCUCGGUCAAAUCCCGCCGACGUUGUUUUGAGUUCAGAUUGUUUUCGAUGGUUAUCGAUUUUCAGCUGAAUUCCCAUCUGACUACACUGGCCAAUAUCCACAAGAUCCAUCACACCUUACAUCGGCUGAAUCUGACCGAAGACGUUGGACCGGACAGCCACCCGUCAGCUUGCUGCUCUAGAGCCAUGCCGCCGAGAAAAAAGAGGAGACCUUCUGCCGGAGAGGACCUGUCGGCCAAGAAAAGUCGCCAAGACAGCAUUUUCAGAAAACACGAGACAUCGCAGAUCCGGGAGGAGGAGACGUUUUCCAGUAAAAGAUGUUUGGAGUGGUUCUAUGAGUAUGCAGGUUGUGACGACGUCGUGGGUCCAGAGGGCAUAGAGAAGUUCUGCGAGGACAUUGGAGUAGAGCCAGAGAAUGUGGUGAUGCUGGUUCUGGCUUGGAAGCUGGAUGCUCAGAGUAUGGGGUACUUCACUCUUCAGGAGUGGCUAAGAGGCAUGGGCUCACUGCAGUGCGAUUCCACUGAGAGACUGAGGAAUUCCCUCGACUACCUGAGAUCUGUCCUGAGCGACAGCACCAGUUUUAAGCUCAUCUACAGAUACGCCUUUGAUUUCGCUCGGGAAAAAGAUCAGAGGAGUCUGGACUUGAACACAGCAAAGUGCAUGCUGGGGCUUCUCCUGGGGAAAACAUGGCCUCUGUUUCCUGUGUUUAAUCAGUUUUUAGAGCAAUCCAAGUACAAAGUCGUCAACAAAGACCAGUGGUGCAAUGUUUUAGAGUUCAGCAGGACAAUCAACCUGGACCUUAGUAACUAUGAUGAAGACGGUGCCUGGCCUGUUUUGCUGGAUGAGUUUGUGGAAUGGUACAAGGAAAGACAGAUGUCAUAGCUGCAGAUGAGGGGUGAGGGGGAGAAUGGAAGAAAAAAGAAAGUUUAACUGUGACCACAACUACUCUUGAGCAUAAACAACCAAUAAGCAAAACCCAACAAAAUCGGUAAGGCAGUGACAGUUGGUGCCUCCUGGUUAAAAAGAAGGGGUUCGGCUGCGGGUGGGUGGGGGGUUUUGCUGCUCUCCGACUCCCCGUUUGGAGGAGCGCUGUCCUUGUGGAGUUAUGCUCCCUAUGGAAGUUGCAUUGUGGGUGGACCCCUGUUCCCGAACCCCGCCGAGUGGCGUUGCUCUCUGUCACUGUGACGUCUCAUAUUGUUGUCUGUGUUGGGAUAACAUGGUAUCUAUCAUACGCUGACGGUGGGAACAAAAUGGCGUAGUCAGCGCAGGGAAACCAAGAGGGGGCGACCAUUCACGCGUUGCGUUCGAGUCUCAACCAGGAUCACUCGGAAACCUCUAGGCACACACACACACACAUUAAAAGACCUGUGCAAUGAACUUCGACCUGAGCUCCUCGGGACAGAUGGCACUAACUACUGUCUGUGGGUUUGUUUAGUUUAGUAGUUCUCCUUAAAGCACACUGUGUCAAAGGGUUGACUGCAGGUUUCUGAUGCCUGCACCGUUUACCAUCAGAAAAAGCCAGUUCGUUCUUUCCCUCCAUUUUUUCUUUCUUCCCUUAUCCCUCCUCCUGUUUUGCUGAUAACUUUCUGCUAGCCCCGUGCAAAGACUUCAGACCUCAUAACACCAAACGAAUCAGCAUUGCUGCUUACUAACUCUUACUACAGUGCAACCGUGAGCCACCAGUGCUCUGCUCUGCAUUCAUUGGUCUAACGACGGUUUAUGUCUCUACGCUGCGUAGAUAAGAGUGUUACUGUGCCUCAAACAUGGAAAGUCGCAUUGUGUGUCCCGCACAGAUACCAACAAACCCUAACAUUUCUACAUGUGACUCUACGGUGCCUUUCAAAAGUAUUCAUACCUCUUACUUUUUUUUUUUCCUCCGAAGUUUGUUGCAAAACAAACAAACUCCUACGCAUUUUGUUGAGAUUUGACGUAAUGGACCAGCACAAAGUAGUGCUUCGUUCUCAAGCGGAAGGAAAACGAUGCAUUAAAAAAAAAUAAAAAUUGGACCAUGCAUUUGUAUUCAACCCCCCAGAAUUAGUCCUGCUUACAACUACUUUUCAGCAAUUAGAGUUGGAAUUUUUGGGGGGUUUGUUUUGGUUAUUUAAGUCUACUAGUUGUGUUAAUUUGAACGUCCAGCUGAAAGUCAAGUUGUUGUUUUUUUUUUUGCAGACUCCAACCAAUUGUCUUACUGUGUUUUGCUAAUUUAGUAGUUUGCCUAUCAACUCUGUUUCUGCAAAGAACAGCAUUACCACAGCAUGAUCCUGCCACCACCAUAAAUAACGGUGGGGAUGAUGAAGUGGGCGAUAUGCAGUUUUCCAUAACAGGGUUUUCCCUCUUGGCUAGAAAGUUAAAUCUUGGUCUCAUCUGACCUGAGUUUACUGUAUCUUAUGGUAAAUGCCACUUCUGAUGACUUCUUUAAUGCAUUUCCUUUGGCCGUUCAUACCGUACUUGAGGGUCAGAUUUGUGGAGUAUGAGUCUUAGAUUAUUUAGUUUUUCACACCUUCUUCUGCGUAUCCAACUGUUGUCUGUCUGGGUAGACAGUUUCACCACUUCAUUUACAUUUUAAGAUGAAUAUUUGACGAAUUCUACUUUAAAUCCUUGUCUGAAUUUAUUUAAUAAAAUGUUUGGUUUUUUUCCAAACAAUUUUUAAUUUGAAUAUAGCAUGUAUCAGAUGUAUUUAGUAAAUAAGCUAUGUUGAAAAGGAUUUAGAAUGAAUGUGACCACUAGAGAACAGCAAAGUGCUUCCAGUAUAAUUUAAUAUGCAAUAGUGGUAGCAUACACCACCUUGUUUCCGUAGCGUUUAAACAUCUUCACAACUUUCUCCGUGGCCUGUCUGCUAUAAAAACUCUGGUCUUUAAUAGAGUUUUCUGUUUUUUUCCAGAGUAAAUAGGACCUGAUGCAAACACACCACACAACUCUCAAAUUAGGAUAAAAAAAACAAAAACAAAACAAAACUCAAUUUCCCCUCCACUUCAGUAUGGUGCACUGCUUUGUGUUGGUUUGUCACAAAAAAAAAAAUCCCCAUCAAAAUGCGCCGAUGUUUGUGUUUACAACUUGACAAACUGGGGGG